GACGUCAUUCGAGGCUGUAGGUCAAUCCGUGCGCGUGCUUUUAUUGGAUCUGCUGCUGUCACAUUCGCGCCGCUGAUGUUCUCAAUGCGCGCUGUUCUUCAUCAGGAAACUCGCGACGCGUCAGCGCCUGCGUUUUGACGCCUCUUUCUCGGCGUUUUACAGCCUCAGAUCAGUUUUGUCCUUCUCGACAUCUCGAGACGCGAGGAAGAAUCGUAAGUUAGGCCCUUGACUGAGAGCGGCCGUUUAAUUCAGGAUUUGUGGACGCGCGUUGACGCGUCGCUGUGGAGUUUCAUGUAACGGCUCGGUCGGAGUCAUAAAUGCCGGAUCGCGCGUUCUUCAGCGGGAUCAGGGAUGAUUUCAGCCUGUUGAUGGGCAGUGGGAUAAACAGAGACCGGUUUGUUCCCAAUGACUGUGACUAAAGAGGCAGAAAGCGAGGCCGUGCGGGCGCAUCGGGCGUGUUUUGCGGCCGUGGAAGGAGAAUAAACGCAAGAGCACGCAGGAGAAAUGGAUGAAAGUGUUGCGUGAAUCGAAGAGCAGCUUUCAAUCCGCCCGAAACGAGCCGAAGUUACUGUGAGGAUGAGGAGAAACGGGCUUGAGUGAGGGCGGUGGGGGCAGCAACAUGAAUAGAGUUUCUGUCUGAUCAAUAGAGUUCAGAGAUCUGAUGAAUGUGUGACGGAUAAACGUUACGAUAUCAGCGCAGUAACCGAGGAGUCGCGCCGGGUAAAUGAUGGGCUGCGCAUCCAGCAUUCACAUCUCGGAUCGGGUGGUUUAUCACAGCGGUAAAGAGUCCGACGAUUCACACGGAGCCCAGCUGAACUGCAACCCACAACCGGGCCAAAUCAAACCCAACGCGUAUAAGAAGAGCUUAACAGAGCUGCAGUUUGGACCAAUGAAGCUCUAUGAAGACCAGCUACAGGUACUGUUAGUGUUUGCCAAAGAUGACGCUCAGAGUAACGCCUUUUGCUGGGCAUGUGAGCGCGCCGGUUUCAGGUGUAACGUGGCCCGAACGCCCGAAGCUGCGCUGGAGAGCUUCCUGGAGAAGAACCAUGAUCUGAUUCUCAUCGAUCACAGACAUUCCAGAUAUUUUGAUGCUGAAGCCCUCUGUCGUUCAAUCCGAGCCAUCAGCUCCUCUCUGAACACUGUGAUUGUGGCAGUUGUGAAAAGGCCGGAUCGUGAAGAAUCCACUGUGAUGCCCCUGAUAUCAGCUGGAUUUAACAGGAGAUAUAUAGAGAACGCCAACCUUAUGACCUGUUACAAUGAACUGAUUCAACUCCAUCAUGGAGAAAUACGAGCUCAGAUCAAACUCAGAGCCUGUAAUGCUGUUUUUACUGCACUGGAACAGAGUCAGGAAGCCAUUGAGAUCAGCAACGAAGAUCAGCUCAUACAGUAUGUCAAUCCAGCGUAUGAAUGCAUCUUGGGAUUCCAGCAUGGAGAGCUGCUGAAGGAAAACACAGAAGUGCCUAAGAGUGACAAAAACAAAGCCGACCUGCUUGAGAACAUCAACGCUUGUAUCCGCAAAGGAAAAGAGUGGCAGGGGGUUUAUUAUGCCAAAAAGAAGAACGGUGAUAGUCUACAGCAAAACGUGAGGAUCACACCCGUGGUCGGACAGGGAGGUAAAGUCAGACACUGUGUGUCUGUUAACAGGCCUUUAAAUGACAACAACAGGGGAGAAAAGUCUUGUGAGAGAGUUCAAGCCGAAUCACAGACAGACAUUCAGCAGUCUAUCAAACACAAAGAUCGCAGGAAAGGUUCUCUGGACGUCCGCUCAACAACCUCUCGAGGAAGUGACGGAAGUUCUCAAAGAAGAUACUCGUCUAUGGCCAGAAUUCACUCCAUGACUAUUGAAGCACCCAUUACUAAGGUGAUAAACAUCAUCAAUGCAGCUCAGGAGAGCAGUCCGAUGCCCGUGGCCGAAGCCCUGGACCGCGUGCUGGAGAUCUUGCGCACGACAGAGUUAUACUCACCUCAGCUUGGUACUAAGGAAGAAGACCCUCAUACCAGUGAUCUGGUGGGGGGUCUUAUGACCGACGGACUACGCAGAUCAUCGGGAAACGAGUACAUCUUUGCCACCAAACCGCUGCAUCACAUCCCCGGUCACCUGACCACUCCACUGUCACUCAGUGAUAUCCCAGCAUGCAUAGCUCAGACCAUGGAGAAUGAAGAAUCAUGGGACUUUGAUAUCUUUACCUUGGAAUCAGCCACCAUGAAACGUCCUUUAACAUAUCUAGGGUUAAAGAUCUUCUCACGCUUCGGCGUUUGUGAGUUCCUCAACUGUCCUGAGGCGACUCUUCGCUCCUGGCUGCAGGUCAUCGAGACUAACUAUCACUCCAGUAACUCCUAUCACAACUCCACGCACGCUGCAGACGUCCUGCACGCCACCGCAUACUUCCUGUGCAAGGAGCGUGUAAAGCAAAGCUUGGAUCCCAUAGAUGAGGUGGCGUCUCUCAUCGCUGCUACUGUGCACGAUGUCGAUCAUCCAGGAAGGACAAACUCCUUCCUGUGUAAUGCAGGAAGUGAACUGGCUAUACUGUACAAUGACACGGCCGUCCUGGAGUCUCACCAUGCAGCCCUCGCCUUCCAGAUCACCACCAGAGAUGAGAAGUGUAAUAUCUUCAAGAAUAUGGAGAGAAAUGAAUACCGGACCCUUCGUCAGGCCGUCAUUGACAUGGUUCUCGCCACUGAGAUGACUAAACACUUUGAACAUGUAAACAAAUUUGUCAACAGCAUCAAUAAACCACUGGCUGCACUCGAGGAGAAUGGGGGUAAUGGUGAUGAUGAGUCUGUAAAGGGCAUCCUAAUGGUUCCAGAAAAUCGUAUUCUGGUGAAAAGGAUGUUAAUCAAAUGUGCUGACAUCUCAAACCCCUGCAGACCGCUGGAGCUGUGCAUCGAAUGGGCCGGACGGAUAUCAGAGGAGUACUUUGCACAGACGGAUGAGGAGAAGCAGCAGGGCUUGCCGGUCGUAAUGCCCGUAUUUGAUAGAAACACCUGCAGCGUUCCGAAAUCCCAGAUCUCCUUUAUCGAUUACUUCAUCACAGACAUGUUUGAUGCCUGGGAUGCGUUUGCCGAUCUGCCGAAUCUAAUGCAACACCUGGACAACAACUUCAAAUACUGGAAGAGUCUCGACGAGCAGAAACUGCGAAGUCUGCGUCCGCCUCCCGAGUGACACGUGCCCACGGUGCGGCUUAUCCUCGCCCCGAUGAUGGACGGACGGACGGAAAGCCGCGUCACUCUCGUGAAGAGGAACGCCAGCCAUCAGCUCCGUUUGUUUGCUUUCGUUACGCACAUCCACGGAACGCUAUUUAUUUCAUUUCUUGUUUUCUAUCAUAAAUGAUGAGAAUCAUGUUAGCUAAUAAAUGCACCUAAAAUGAGAGUAUAAACACCAAAGUGAUUAACAGAAAUGAAACUCAUAUUGUUAUCUGUAUUUAACAUUUGCAGAUUUAGAGACAUUAACACACAAAUGUUUUUAUUUUCAUAUUGACUCGAGUCGUUUAAAUCUUCCUGUUGUAUAUAGACGUGACCGAUCCCAGACGUGUGCAUGUGAUGCAGCGCUCGGCGUUUCAGAACCGCGGUGAAGACGCUGCGCUCUGCUACCUACAAUUACACUGUUCACCGUGUGGCAUAAAUCUGUGAAAAUAUCCGGACUUGAUGGAUUUUCUAUGUGGAUGAUCUACUGACGAGACUCCUGCCUUAUUUUAUACGGUAUAUUUAUACAGCUCGGCACGCUGGUGACCUGCGACAAACAUCUGCAGUUUUUAACACGCUCAUGUUGUAUGAAGUAAAUCUCAAUAUUUUUAUAGAUAAUAAAUUUUACACUGGAACGAUGUAAAGCAGAA